ACAGGUACUUCCGGGGUCGAGGUCACCGGUCACGGAGGUGCCCCAGCCGGGAAAUGGCGGCCCCUGCAGUGAGAGGCGCCAUGGCGCUGCGGGCCAAUAUGGGCCGGCACGUUGCUUUUGUCAGAAAAAUUCCCUGGACCGCUAACUCGGUUGAGCUGAGAGAACAUUUCGCGCAGUUCGGACAUGUACGCAGGUGCUCUCUACCUUUCGACAAAGAGACUGGCUUUCACAGAGGUAUGGGUUGGAUUCAGUUUUCUUCAGAAGAAGAACUUCAUAAUGCACUACAACAGGAAAAUCAUGUUAUUGAUGGAGUAAAGCUCCAUGUUCAAGCUCAAAGACCAAAAGUUUUGCAAGGGGAUCAAACAUCUGAUGAAGAGAAAGAUUUUUGAGACUAUUAAUUGCCAAUUAAAUAGAGCAAACAAAAUGGAAAUUUUUGUCUAAAUGUUUUUAUUUGAAACAAGUAGUUGCACCAAGCAGAGCUUACUUUCCCCACUCCAAAUUAAAACAGUGUGAUAGGGGUGAACAUUUGGCAGGACAGUUCCAAUACAUGAACAUCCUUCUACUCACUGUAGUUGGGUAACUUCAUUCAUAAGUAGCUGUUCUUACACAAAAUAUUAACCCCAAAGUACUAAUGUCACACGAAAGGAAAUGGUUUUAAUUUUGUGCGUGGGGAACGUGUUCUAUAAAUGCCAAAAGGUGGGGAAAAGACAAACACAACCCACUCUUUAAAAAAACUAAAUAGUUCAAAGUAGAAUUUUCCAUCAUCCUCCCCCUCUCUCCCAUAAUAAAAAGGUAGCGCUAGGUUCUGACACCCAGAUUUGGUUUUUAUCCUGGUCAUUUACAAAGUGUUUCCCCAUAUGACUUGCAUCAUGAGGGCUUGAAUAACAGUUCAUUCACUGUGAAGAGAGGUGUCUCUUACUCCUUUCUCCUCUUCUUGCCUUCAUGCUCGUGUUCCUUGGGACGGCUGCUGUCUGAGGGUCUUUUAGAGCCACCAUGCUGUUUGGCUUCUUCUAAAAACUUGUCCAAGCCAAAAGGAUCUUCCUCAAACUGAACAGGUCCUUCUCGGCCUCUCUGCCUACGAUCUGAACCGGAAAACUCCUUAUCGGGAACAAAUCUAGGGGGAAAGAGAAAGAACUGUAAUAACUACCUUGUCACAAGUGCAAACACUGAAACUAAGCUUUCUGCCGUGGUACCUGUUGGUCUUUAUUCUGGCUUCUAGGUCGUCACCAUACAUGUCCUUGUCCAGAUUUUUACUGGGUCUGUAAAUAUUUUGGGCCAUGUCUUUACCACCUCUCCACGCUUGAUCAUAAACAUUGUAAAUUUCAUCUUCUCCACCUGCAAAACCACUGUCCAUACCCUGAGGAAAAGAUGAUGUUAACAAGAAAAUGUAUGUUACUAUUUAUUAAACGUUGAAUCAUAUUCAUGUGAAGAAUACUCACUUUUACAUUCUCAAAUUAAAAAAUAUCUUCAUAAAAAAGGUCAAUCUUCACAAAGGUCAUAAACUUGUUCAUAUCACCUUUGGGUUCUUAAGUCAAUUGAGAAAGUUUGACUACUUUGUCAAAGUAGUCAUUAAAAUGGAGGGAUACUACUUACGAGUAGGUACUUGGCAAUUUCAAUUUGUAUAGAUAUAAAUUGUAUAGAUAUAGUGGCAAGCAGAUGAGAGAAUUAUAAAGUGUUUAGAUGAAAUUACACCUCUUGCCUAAAGACAUAUUAUAGCAUGACACAAUAAUACUUCUCAAUGAAAACCUCAGGUUAGCAUUAAAUAAACUUGUUUCAUAUAUUUGGAUGGUUUGUUAACACAGAAUGUGCCUUUUUAGGAACUUUUAAAUUCUCUAAGUUUGUGAAAGUUAAUUGUUCUAUAAAUAAUUACUUAUGGGGAACUUUGAUCACUAAUCCUCUUUGCUCAGGCUGAUGAGUAGCCAUUGCAGGGUUUAAAAACAGCUUUGGAAUCAAGACAACCCACAUUUGAAUCUUAGGUCCAUCAGUUAGGAGCUAUAUCUCCAUGUGUUUCAAGAUAUAGCUCCAUGUUUUUCAAUUUCCUCAUCUGUAGAAGAGGUAAUAACAGUAUGGUUUCAUAGGAUUUUUGUAAGGAUUGUGCAAGAUUAAACAAGUAAAAGUCUUAGAACACCACCAGGAAUAUACAUAAGCACCCAACAAUAACCAGAUUUGCUCACUCAAAUGCUACCUGCAGUUUACUUUGCAUUUAAUUACCUACAUGUAUUUGUCUUUUCUAGCGAACUAUAGUUUUUUUAAGGAUAAAGACAAAUCUUUGCUCUCACUAACAUUAUGCAUAGUAAAUAGCUAAUGCUGGAGGAAUUAAAAUAUUUCAGAUCUACAAUGUCCUACCUAAUAAUAAAUGGCACUAGAA